ACGCCCCCUUACACCUGAACACUCUACCCUCCCUUUCUUCCUCGCCUAGGCGUCACACAAUGAUUCCCAGGUUCGCUGCAGCCACUGCUCUGUUGACAGUCGCUUUGUCGCUUCUUGGCGUCGAGGCCCUUCCAAAAGUCUCCCGCUCAGGCCGAUAUCUUUUCACGGAUGAUGGUAACAGGUUCUACAUGAAGGGAAUUGGCUACCAAGAACAAGGCACCGUCGUUGUUGACGCUAAUAACCCAUUCGGCGAGCCAUCCACGUUCGUUGACCCUCUUAGCAACUCAGAAGCCUGCGCUCGUGAUAUCCCGUUUUUGAAAGACUUGAGCGUCAACGUCGUUCGAGUGUAUAGCGUUGACUCGUCGCUGAACCACGACUCCUGCAUGAAAGCUUUGGACGAUGCUGGAAUAUACGCCCUUAUCGAUUUGUCUUUACCGCUCAACGGUUCUAUUGACCGCGUCUCUCCUUCUUGGUCCACCAACCUUCUAGACCAGUAUCUCCAUACAAUUGAUACUUUCAGCAAAUACCCCAACGUGCUUGGGUAUAACGUUGCAAAUGAAGCCGUUAAUAGCACCGUUACACAAAUUUCGCCUUACGUUAAGGCUGCCGCUCGUGAUGUCAAGGCUUAUCUGAAAUCAAAAUCUUCCUCAGCCCUUGUAGGCUAUGCAGCUAUUGACGGCUCCGUAGACUUCCGUAACACUCUGGCCAACUAUCUCUCUUGCGACCCUUCCGGCCAAAAUUCAGACUCGACCUCGAUAGAUAUUUACGGGUUGAACAACUAUGAAUGGUGUGGGGAAGGCUCCUUGCAAGGCUCAUACGGCGCAACCAAUGAUGCAUUCAAGGACUACAAUGUCGUUGCUUACUUUAGCGAAUUCGGCUGUGUCACUCAACCCCCUCGCCUGUGGACUGAAGUUGCAGCUCUCUUUAGCAGCGACAUGACCAACAUUUGGUCAGGUGGUAUAGCUUUCUCGUACUUCCCUGCCACGAGUGCUGGUGGGUCCUUCGGCAUGGUCAACAUUUCGAGCGACGGCAAGACAGUCACUACUUCCGAUGACUAUACACGUCUCAAGGAGCAAUAUGCAAAAGUCUCACCCCCCAACUCACCUUCCAAAUCGUCUGCCACCGCCACUUACCCUACUUGUCCAGCUACGAAUAGCGCCUUCGUUGCCUCUACGACCUUGCCUCCAACUCCCGACCAAAGUGCAUGUGGAUGUUUGUCGAGUACUCUGAGCUGCCAGUUCAAACCCAGUACUGCCAAUUACAGCACCAUUCUAGGCGUUCUCACAGAUACCGCAUGUGGUUUACUCGGCCAGGAAAACCUUAAUUGUGAUGAUAUAGGCGGCAAUGGUCAGACUGGUGUCUAUGGACGCUUAUCUGGCUGUGACCCCACCAUCAAGCUCUCUUAUGUUAUGAGUCAGCACUACGAAAAGAACAACAGGGAUGCCCAAGCCUGUUCCUUUGGCGGUAACGGCACUGUCAACCCUCUUGCCCCCUCUUCGGCUUCCGCUGCCAAUUCGGCCGCCAGCUCCUGUAUUUCUAACCCCUCUGCGACAUUCGUACCUGGAGCCCCUUCUGGUAGUGGUGGUGGAGGCUCGUCAAAUGGUAAUGGAAGUGGCAGUGGCAAGAAUGGUGGUGUUGCCUUGGUCCAUGAUAGAAACGCCCUGGUCGGGAUGACCGCUGUUGUUCUUAUGGGGAUCGCGAGCGCUGUGUGGACCUUGGUGUAAGGGCUUCGGACAAACAAUUCUCUUUACAGACUAUACACUCUACACUGUGUAUCUAAUAUACCUACCCACAUCGGCUUAAGGACAUUUGACGUAUUGAACGACUUGGUAAAACUGGUUGACUCACAAAGUAUUGAAUCGUUGGCAC